AAAGUCUUGUCACUUUAUUUGUGUGUGCUUUCCUGCAUCUUAACUUGCAGCUUAAGAUCCCUUAGGAUCAUGUGAGGCUAGGUUAUAUAUUAGAGAGCUAUGCUAUAGUGCUGUGAGUGUGUAAGCCUAGCAGCUGGGUACUGUUAUGGUUGCUGCUUUCCUGUGCUAAGCUGAUUUACUUGUUUAAGGUCUGACCUCAUCAUCCUGUCAGUAUGGAUUCCCACCUAUACAGUUAGCAGCAGCUUAGCAUCGGCUUGAAGAGCUUGCAGUAUAUUAAUCAGAAGAGAGAGAGAGAGAGAGAGAGCAAGCUACCGGUAUUUGUUCUUUUGUUGUCUUUUCUUAAGAAGAGGAGUUGAAAUACAAGAGAUAAAGAAUCUGUUUCCUUUCUAAAAGAAUAGGCUUUUGUAUAUAUAUACAUUUUUUUUUUUCCUGGAAAAAAUGUCAGUAUCUGGAAAGAAAGAGUUUGAUGUGAAGCAGAUCCUGAGGCUCCGCUGGAGGUGGUUCAGUCACCCCUCGCAAGGCUCCGCAGGCACGGGGGGCUGCCAUCAGCAGGAAGGAUAUGAACACAGAGGGACACCGGUUCAGAACAGGUUGAAGAACCACUCUCGGGACAGAAAUGGGCUGAAGAAAAACAACAGUCCUGUCCACCACAAUAUACUGGCACCUGUGCCAGGUCCAACCCCGGUGCACCACCGAUCUAUUCAAGCCUGGCAUCAACAAAACCUCAUAGAACAGCUUCGAUCAAAUGAAGAUAUUCCCAAAACAAGCACAGAGGAAAACUGUGUCAAAGAAGAUUCAAACAAAACCCCACAGGAGUUGCAGAUGAUCACAGAGGAAAAUUCAGAUGAAUCUGCAGAGAGGCUAUCAACAACCAGCAGCUCACUGCUUGGAAUGAACACCAAUGGCUCUGAUGAGUAUUUCCAUUCUACAAACCAUGCAGAGCAAACUUUCCGCAAAAUGGAAAGCUACCUGCAGCAGAAGCAGUUGUGUGAUGUUCUUCUCAUAGUUGGAGACCAAAAGAUUCCAGCUCACAGGCUGGUUCUCAGUGCAGUGUCUGAUUAUUUUGCUGCCAUGUUUACUAAUGAUGUGCGUGAAGCAAAACAAGAGGAGAUCAAGAUGGAGGGAGUAGACCCGGAUGCCCUGAAAGCUUUGGUUCGCUAUGCCUACACAGGUAUUCUAGAGUUAAAAGAAGACACUAUAGAAAGUUUGCUAGCUGCAGCUUGUCUUCUCCAGCUAUCCCAGGUCAUUGAAGUAUGCUGCAACUUCCUCAUGAAGCAGCUUCAUCCUUCCAACUGCCUGGGGAUUCGCUCUUUUGGAGAUGCACAGGGCUGCACAGAGCUCCUGAAGGUGGCACACACAUACACUAUGGAACACUUCACAGAAGUUAUUAAAAACCAGGAAUUUCUUUUACUCCCUGCUAAUGAGAUUGCAAAGCUCCUGUCUAGCGAUGACAUCAAUGUUCCCGAUGAAGAAGCCAUAUUCCAGGCGCUAAUGAUGUGGGUGAGGCAUGAUUUGCAAAACCGACAACGAGACCUAGGAAUGCUUCUUUCUUAUAUUAGGCUGCCUCUACUUCCACCUCAGUUACUAGCCGAUCUAGAAAAUAGUCCAAUGUUUGCAGACGACCUAGAGUGUCAGAAACUUCUUAUGGAGGCUAUGAAAUACCACCUUCUACCAGAAAGACGGUCCAUGAUGCAGAGCCCUCGAACUAAGCCCAGAAAGUCUACAGUGGGUGCACUUUAUGCUGUAGGCGGUAUGGAUGCUACUAAAGGCACAACUACAAUUGAAAAAUAUGACCUUAGGACUAAUAGUUGGAUACAAAUUGGUACCAUGAAUGGUAGACGAUUACAGUUUGGAGUUGCAGUAAUUGACAACAAGCUCUAUAUUGUGGGAGGAAGAGAUGGUCUGAAAACUUCUAAUAUUGUUGAAUGUUUCAACCCUAUCACCAAAGUUUGGACUAUAAUGCCUCCUAUGUCAACACACAGACAUGGCUUAGGAGUAGCAAUGCUUGAAGGACCAAUGUAUGCUGUUGGUGGCCAUGAUGGAUGGAGUUACCUUAAUACUGUAGAAAGAUGGGACCCUCAAGCACGGCAAUGGAAUUACGUUGCUAGCAUGUCAACGCCCAGAAGCACUGUAGGGGUUGCAGCAUUAAAUAGCAAACUAUAUGCUGUUGGUGGACGAGAUGGGAGCUCCUGCUUAAAAUCAAUGGAAUGUUUUGAUCCGCACACGAACAAGUGGAGUCUAUGUGCUUCAAUGUCAAAGAGAAGAGGGGGUGUUGGUGUUGCAACAUACAAUGGCUUUUUAUAUGCUGUGGGAGGUCAUGAUGCGCCUGCUUCCAACCACUGUUCUCGACUUUCUGACUGUGUAGAAAGGUAUGACCCUAAAACAGAUGCUUGGACAACAGUGGCCCCCUUGAGUGUGCCUCGGGAUGCUGUUGGAAUUUGUCCUCUGGGGGACAGAUUAUAUGCUGUUGGGGGUUAUGAUGGCCACACAUACCUGGAUACUGUGGAGUCCUAUGAUGCUCAAAAUAAUGAGUGGACAGAGGAAGUUCCUGUCAAUAUUGGAAGGGCUGGAGCAUGUGUUGUUGUUGUGAAGCUGCCCUGAUGACUACAAUAUUGUGAAACUAAACCCUGAGUGAAGUUUCAUGAAGACUGAGUCAGGAAGAGAAGAAACAUUUCCAGAAGGACUCUACACAUCUUUGCAGCCCUCCGUUAUAGAGAAUAUUUAUCUUGGGGCCAUUCUGCUAUUAAAGUACAAAACCAGAGUCUUCCUGCAUUGCAAAAAUCAGAGAAUUCUGCAAGUUAACUAUUUUUUAUGCCUAAUACUUAAAAAUUCAAUAAUAUGUUUAAAUGGUUGAGUUUUGUUACAAAAGUUUAUCUGUUAUUUAUAAAAUGCAGUAGUAAAGUGAUAUAUGGAUGUAUAAGAUUUCAUAAAACUUUCUCUUUUAUGUUAGCAGUAAUGUUAACGUUUAUAAAAAGAGUUUUUAUAUUUUAAGGAAAUGAAAAUGAAUAAAAGAGAAACACCUUCAACAGAAUUGCACAGAAGGAAAUACUGGUCCAUAAAUAUCAUUGGCAACAGAAUAUUCUCUGCAGAAGAAACUUCACUUCUACAUUCAGAAAUUGGAUUACUAAAUUAACUUUGAAACAAUUAUAUAAUAAAUCAAAGAGAAGCAUAGAAUUUGUUGGCUAUUCAACUACUAAUAUGACAAAAUAUUCCCUUUUAGCAGAUAUUCAAUUGAAUUGUGCAAGUUAAGAAUUAGUAGGCCUAAGGUAUCUUUGUUUUCUUAAGCAUGUACCGACAGGAAGAACUCUCAUCAAAACACAAUGCUAAUAUAAUUACAAUCAUUUUCACCGUGCAUUCGUAUGUGAUAUUUUAAUUCCAAUCACAGUAUGUCAGCUUAUUCAUGGAUUUGUCUUUGCCCACUAACCAUCUGUUAGUAUUAUGUUAAACUAAUUUGGCUAUUCUUGGAAUAAUCACCAUGCAUUACAUUUUUUUUUUUUUAAAUCAUAUAAUUACAUUCCUUGAAUAUAUCUUACAAAAUAAAAAUUUUAUAUCAUAUUGAUAUGACAAUCUUUGACCUCAGCUGAAGAUUAACAGCUUUCUAUAAUGUAUAGUGGAAAUAUGGUAAGAAAAACACGUGCACUGUGUAACAGUAUACACCAUUAAUAUAAACAUGUUUAUGUUUAAUCUGAAAUUAUGAAGGAAUAUUCCACAUGCAUGAGGUUUUCUUUUUAUGUGCCAAUUUUUAAUGAAAGUCUUGAUUUUUUUAUUUUAUUUUUUGGCUGUAAUUUCAUUUCUGGUCGUUUCAAAAGCUGAAAGUGUAUUUUAGAAAAGGAAUGUAUGUAACAUUCUAUGCUGUAAAGCACACUAUUUGGACAGUAUCUACUUUAGUGUCCAUUAUAUUGUCAUUUUGUCAGUAUUGGAAAAUUCAGGACAGAAACGAAAAUUCUCUGAUGAUGCAGACUAACCUUCCUGAAUAUUUUUUUUUUUUUCAGAAUUCAGCAAUAUGGUGUUUUAAAAAAUGUAUAGUAUUUAUCCUACUGAACACUUCUAAAAAGGAAAACUCAUAUACAUAUUUAUAAAAAGAAAAAAACCUUUUUAACUUAAAAACAAUUAGAA